CGUUUGCGUUAUCUUUAAAGAGAUACACUUGUUUUUCAUUUCACGGCCUGUCUAUAAUAUAUGUGGAUUAUGCAUAAAAUUAACAUAAAUUUGCGCUAGUACGGUCGCAUGUUUUGCAAACAUAUACUUCUACAAAACAGAGGAUUGUAAAUAACGACAAUUAUCACAUCAGAUCGUUUUAAAUAAAGUAUCCUGAUUUUCUUUAAAUUCAGAAAUCAUAUUAUUUUAAAUAUACGGAAGUGUAAAUGCUUCGAAACAAAUGGCACAAAAUUAAACGUUUAAAGGGCACAAAUAACAAACAGAAUAUUAAUGAGCAAUAUGACAGAUCAGACAUUUCUUUAAGAAGAGAAAAGUGUUGAUUAAGGUAAGACUUAAUAUCAUCAAUAAUUGUUUAUUUUAUUACUUUCUAAAAUUGAUUAAUCAUUGCAAUUCCGAUCACCAAAUGAAAGUGAUUUUGUUGGAUAACUAUCUGUCUAUCAAUCAACUCAGUGCGGAAACUUUACAUGUUAAAACAAUUGCUACAAAGCAAGAGUCUAGCGACCGUUAUGACAUUACUCUAUACAAAACAAACAUAAUUAUCAAAAUAUUUUAAAUACAAGAAUGUUGUUAUAACCGAAUAUCAUGAUUAGCAAAUUAUUCUGAGUGCAUAUGAUUUAAAAUGUUUAUCGACAUCGCGAAAAUAGAAAAGUUUGAAAAAUUCUGAAACUAACAAAUUACAUUUUAAUAUGUAAAUAUUAUCCUAAAUUUUUAUAAAAUGAUAAAAAAAUAGUUUCUAAGUUGUCACAAAUUUAUAAUUAUUUAAUACAUCAUUUAAAUCAUGUUAAUAAAAACAGAAUAUUUUGGUUGGUUUCAUGUUAUUUUGCCAUGACUGAGGGCGCAAUAAUUUUCGCAUUUUGCAUAAUGAGCAGUGGAUGAGUGCAAAAAGACGUAAACAAGUGCUCAGAGGCUUUCAAGAUGGCUGCUGAUGAUUGUGUACCUGAAAGCGUAGAUGAAGCGCUAAGAUCUGAAAAAGAAAAUAGGGUGAUACAAGAUAAUGGUUAUCCUUUGUUCGACUGCCUUGCACGGACUAUCAGAUCAGUUUUAGAUACCAAAAGUCGAUACAAAUGCAAAAACGGCGAUGCUAAUGAUAGCGCGACUCAAGUUAAUACGAUGGAAAUGUAUACGUCCUCAGUCUACCUACAUGAAAAGGUUGUAGAUCUACUCUUGACGCAUGCGGCACAUAUUAUGCCUGUCUUGUCAUUACUUUGUGACAACGUUCCUACAGCAGCUAUGCAGAACGAACAGGAAAUGAGCAAAGAGCAAGAAAAACAUUUGGAGACUUUUUAUCAAACUGUGAUUACGGACUGUUUAUUCGGAACAUAUGAUUCUUUUCCCAUGCUUUGUCUCUAUGCUGCGGCGACUUGCUUACAAACACCUAUUUAUAUCCUUUGCGAAAACCAGAUAGGUAAAAUGCAAUGGGCUUACUAUCAGCCUUUAUUAAAAUGUGACGGUCAACCAGAUGGAUUCGAGUAUUUGACAAUGUUCAUGUCAUCACAAAAGAAGUUCCAUGCGAUAGUAUCAAACGAUGGGAAAGCGGGCAUACCAAUUGCUAAAGGACUGGUUGGCAUGUAUUACUCCAUACUUGAAGACACGUUAGUAACAAGCAUCAUGGUACCAGAUGAGUUACAGAACUUACAGAUAGCAGACAAAAUUAAGAUGUGUGAACAACUUGAUCAUGAAAUAUUUCAGCAAUGCUGUGAUUUGUUUUGUAAAGAAAACGUUGUUCAGAAAGAAGACUACGACAGAAUGACAGCACAUCGAGCUGACAGGUCAGAGUUUACCCGAUUUGUCGAAAACUCACCGGAUGCCUUCAAAAUUGUCUGUCAGGUUUUAAUUAAACGUCGUAAACGGACUUUCUUAGAACCGUACAUUAGGAACUGGACUGAAUUCGGAUAUCUAUCAACAGAUGAAACAACUUUGUUGAGAAAUAUGGCGACUGACUUUGACAUGUCAGGUCGUGAUAAUUUGGAGCUUGAAAAAGUUAAACAAACACUCAUUUGCGAAAAUCAAAGUAGAAUUGUUAAAAGCAAUGGUUUGUCUAUGUUUGAGUGUAUUGCUGAUGGUGUCAAAUCGGCUUUGAUAGCUCAAGGUCAAAAUGUAAAUGGUAGAAUAAUAAAUAUAAAUACUUUACAAAAAUGCACUGACAAAAACUACCUUCAUAAGGCAGUUAUAGAUAUACUGUCUAAGUAUGCGGAACAGUUUAUCCCCCACUUGCAAUUACUUUGUGGGAAUAUUCCAAAAGCAGCUAUGGCAACUGGACAGAACAGAAACAAAGACCAAACAAAGGUUUUGAAGAAUUUCUAUCAGAGUGUGGUUAAUGAUUGUAAAGACUUUAAAGCAUGCCAUUCAUAUGCUGAUCUAUUUAUUUAUGCUGUGGCGACUUACCUACAUACACCUAUAUAUAUCCUUAGCAAAAACCAGAAUGGAAAAAUGCAAUGGGUUUACUAUCAGCCGUUAUUCGAAAGUAAUGGUCCAAUAGGCUUCAAGUACUUGACAAUGUUCGUGUCAUGCCAUGGGAAGUUCCAUACAAUAGUGUCAGACAAUGGAAACGCAGAAAGACCAAUUGCUACAGGACUGAUUGAAACGCCAGAGACAAACACCAGAAUAUUAAAUGUGUUAGAAAACUUGCCAGCGGUUGACAAACAUAACCUGUAUACAGAGCUUAAACAUGAGGUAGUUUUGGAAUGCUGUCGAUCGUUUAGGAAAGAGAAACUUAUUGAGAAACAAGAUUACGACAGAAUAACUGCAAAUCGAGCAGACAGGUCAGAGUUUAUACGGAUCUUGGAAAAGUCAGAGGCUGCAUUCAGUAUUGUCUGUCAGAUUUUACUACAACGCCGUGAAAAGGAAUUUCUUGAGCUUGAGCCUUACAUUUGCAAAUGGAAUGUAUUCGUUCGAUCAUGUGACUUCCUUGCAAAGUUUGAUGCUUUGAGAGCGCUGGAUAAUGCAAUACGUAAUAGAAGUAUUUGCGUGUCGGCUUUUGUGGAUUCUUGCAAAGCCGGGGGCCAAGAGUUAGAUGAAAGAAGGAAGAAUGUAAACACAAAAGUCAUAGCAAGCUCGGCAGUCGGCAUUGGAUCUGGGGGUUUGAUCAUUUUAGGAAUUUUACUUACUCCUAUUAGUUUUGGUGCAUCGUUAGGUUUAAGUGUCGCUGGAGCGGCUCUUGGUGUUAUUACUGGGGGUACAGCAGCAGGUGUAAGGACACAUGAAGCUGUGAAACAGAACUCUAGAAUUACUGAUAUCAAGGCGGAACAAGAAGAAUUUCAGUCAAAGGAACAGAGAGUAGCUUCAAUGCUUAAAAAGGUUGAUGAAUAUUUUACAACAGAAAUUGCAAAUUCUAGCACCGCGGACGCUGAAUGUCCCGGAAUAAGCAGACGCGGUUUUCUUGCUAUUGGAUCAGCUUUACGAGCUGGUAAGGGUGCAGCCGGAAUAAUUAUUGCAGCAGUUCGGGUAGGGACAACAGCCGCAAGUAUAGCAGCACACGUUCUUGGACCUGUUUCCAUAGUGGCCGAUGCUGUAUUUCUAGCAGAAGCAGCGCAUAAUAAACACAAAGGGGAUAAAACAAACGCAGGUGAAAUGUUGCAGGAGAUGGCUGAAACAGUUGAAGUAAAGUGUAGAAUAAAGUGUAAAAUAUUUAACGACAUGCUGCGUGGGAAUUGCAAGGAAAAUGAAAGAUUACUUCGUUGGGACUAGGAAGAUAAGUCAUAUAUCGCAGAAAAGAAAGCUGAACGUUCUGAAUAUCAUUACGCAAAGUGUAUUUCUGACAUUCCUAUAAAGUUUCAUGACUCUAGGUCAAAUACUUUUUGAGCUACAUGCGACAGAAUUCGAAAAAUGGAAUUUUUUUCUUAGUCAAGGGCAAUAACUCUGACAAAGCAGAGUUACUCCACAAACAAAACAACAGGUGCAAACCGUCACAUGUUUUUCAACAUUCCUGUAACAUGUCAUAACUAUGAGUCCUUUCCGUGACACAAGUUGAAAAUUGUAAACAAAAAACUAAGUCGAGGAUAAUAACUCUACAAAUUCUGAUUAAAUUCACACACCAACACGCAGGUGCACAGCUAAACAUGCUGACCAACAUUCCUGUAAUGUGUCAUGACUCUAGGUCAAAUACUUUUUGAGCUUUGUGCGACACAACAUGGAAACGGACGGACGGAAGUACGGACGAACAAGGGUUAAUCUUAAUCUCCAAUUUUUAGAGUAAAAUUUUAAAAGUAUUGUACUGGUACUGAUUACAUCUUUGAUAUUACCGACCCAUUAUUUUAUAUAUUUUUAUUAACGAAAAGUGCAUCAAAUUAACAAGCGAAGCAGGUGCGUACUCAAUGAAAUGACUCCUUAAUACAUCUUUUUGUUAAGAUUAAAUACAUCUAAUCGUUGUGAUAAACGUGUGUGCUUGAAAAAAAAAACGAUUCUGAUGACACUCACUCAUUGAUCUUUUUUCUACCGUCAAUCUGAAAUAAUUCUAGGAAUUUCUGAGGUUUAUGUUUUGUCUUGGGUAGAGUAAUUUAAUGUUGUUGUUUUUUCUUGAGUUAGUAUAUCUCCGAUGUUAAGCCUAAAUCAUUUAAAAUUCGAAAUUUCGUUCGGUUCUAAGCAUUUGUAUUUCCCAAGUUGUUGGCCCCGGAAAAAUAAAACGCAUACGUAAAACAUGUAGAAUUGGAUAAAUACCGUCCAAGCACAAGGAUUUAAUGUAUGAGUUUUGUAUUAAAUCUGUUUAAAAAUUUAUGCUAUAAUAGCGUCAAAUCACGUUUAUUUAAGAAAUUACAUCGGCCUGACAGGUGUAUAUCGGCUAUUUAACACCGGUUUGGAGUUUUGAUGCGUAGGAAUUGACCACGAAGGCCAUAGGCCUUUUAUCAAGUUUUCAACAAUAAAAACUUACGUCGUAUGGUGUUUACAUCAGUGCCGCAUUUAUCAUUCGUGUAUGUAUGAAAUAACGUCAGCUUGUUUAUGAAUGAGUUGUUUAUUUAGGAUGACGUCAUUACGCUGCUUACGGAUUGGCGCCGUUUUGUCAAAAUAUUUAUUAACUGAUAUGGAUCUAAUAUGUGGCGUUAGUGUAUGUGAGAUAUUAUUUCGGUAUUGUAAGAAAAGAAAACAUUAUACGAACUGAAAAAAAAUGCUUUUUAUUGUUGCUUUAAAAUGUUUUGUAAACUAUACAAUCGAGGGUGAAAAUAUAACAGCGAAUAUACAAGUAGUCCCUAACUGGUGUUUAUUGGCAAUUUAACACCAGUUUUUUUUCCUUCUUUGUCUAUAGUGACAAAAUCACGUGAGUGUUAGUAUUCGUGAUAUAACGCCUGCAUAGUCCCUCGGAACUGUUGGAGCCCUCGCCCUACCGGGCUCGGGCACCAACCGUUCCUCGGGACAAUGCAGACGUUAUAACACGGAAAAACGUGCGUUAACCGUAAACGUAUUUCCAUGUACACAAAAUGAUUUAAGUUUUUAAUCAGUUCAUGUUUCUGUUUUUUUAUAUGUUUUAAUGAUUUUAUAUAUAUAUUCAAUCAUACCUUUCCUUACAUUCUUCCUUUCUUUUAGCAUUUCACCAUAAUUUACCUUAGUUUUUCUAUAGUGAUAAUUCAACAAUCUAUUAUUCUCUUAUUCUUUGUUGUACAUUUUAAGAGCUUACAUCUAACCGCAACAUUUUUGUAUCUUUAUCUUGAAAAUUACUUUUACUGGAGAGGAAUUGAUAUAAGUAUUUAUUUACUUGUUUAACAAUCCAGUCUGAAUUACAUUGUUGUGCAAUGUUUGUAAAUGUAAUUUAUGUACAAUUUAUUGAAUAAAUAA